AUGCUUGCGGAACUCCUCCUCGUACUGGGAGGCCAUCCCUCGGCGCUAUUUACGUCCAAGGGCGUGGCCCCGGCGCUGGCGGAACAUCUACACCCGGGCGAGGUGGCUGCGCUCGGGACGCUGUGCGAGCUUGCAAGACACUACGCCUACGUCCGGUCGUGGGCGGAGGAGACGCAGGCCGCUGCACGCGCAGCGGUGCUGGCGGGCACGAAACGUGGCCACGGCAGCUCCCAUGGAAGCGGCAAGGGCAAAGGACGCGAAACCGAUGCUCCGGGACAGUACGUCGCCGUGCUGGCCGGCGCCGUCCGUGGCGUGCUGCAGGAAUACGACGAGCUCGUCGUCCGUACCGAGGCUGCUGUGCUCGCUCGUGAUCCUGGCGUCGUCCAGCGCGAGCCCGCAGGCGGAGGCGCCGGGUACGUGCCCCUCUCGCUCCUCCUCGCCACCUUUGACCACUGGCAAGCACCCAUGGCGGCGGUGGCGGCGCUCGUCUCGCGCGUGCAGGAGGAAGGAUACCUGCCCGGCGAGCUCAUGCAGCACCUCGCCGAAUGUGCAGCUACGGGCCAUCCGUUCCUCCGCCGCGUGUUUGGCACGCUCCUCGCAGCGCUGUGGGCCCUGUUCCUCCAGCACCUCGUCAUCUUCCUCCUCGACGGCGUCGCUCCGGACGAGAGCACGCCCGCCGCUCCGGCCCUGGGCCUUGAUGCCGGCGCCGACCCACCACACCGCGCUUACCGCCUCGACAAUACACUCUUGCCCGCGUCGGUUGGCGCAAGUACUCGCGAGAGCAUCCUCUAUGUCGGGCGCGUGGCUGCCACGCUCAAACGCGAGGGCAAGGCGCUGCCGCGUUCGCUGGUCGACAAGGCGCGCCGCGACGUGCUCGCGUCCGAUGUCGAGGGUCUGGACGCAGCGGUGCAGCGCUCCCGCGCCGAGGUUGGCGAGUGGCUCUGGACACAUAUCCUCACUGGACCACAGGUAUCUGAAGCCAUCGAGACAUUUGCAAACUACUUUCUUACGCGCGAUGCCGACUUUGCCCUCAGCGUUAUCCGCGAAAUCGAUCGUUUGCGGAGGGACAAGCUCGUACUCGCCAACCCGCACAGCAGUUCAUCUGUUAUCCGGCCACACGACCUGGACCUGGCGCUGCUGCGCGCGUCCGUGGGGACGGACGCCGAGUCGGACCGUGGACUCGAGAGGCUGUCGUGGACAAUGUCCGCGGGCCCACUCAAACCUCUUGCUCGCCCCGUCGCCGACGACGGGACCGUACGCGGUCUAUUUGCGCCUGCACUCCUUGGUACACCCCUCGCGCUCACGGCUGCAGUCUCGUGGCCGCUCGACCUGUUCAUGACCCCGCCCGCAGUGGCAGCCUACGGCGACAUGCACGCGUAUCUCUACGCUAUAAGGGACACGCACAUGCGCGUGCUCGACUGCUGGAGCGCGCUGAGUCGUGCCCAGAGAAAGCGUCGCGUCUACACGGGUGUCGAUGAAGGGGGGACGGGCGAGGAACGGCUCGCGCGCAAGGCCCUCGCGCGCACAGCCUGGGGUACUGUCCGCGCCAUGCUCUUCUUCCUCGACCAACUGCUGAGCCAUUUCAUGACGGACAUUGUUGCCGUGCAGCAUAAGCGUCUUCUCGAGCAACUCGCACGCGUAGCACCUGCCUCCACCCAUGAACAUGCACCCGGACACGGACACGGCCGCGCCUCGCGCGCCGGCACACCUGCACGCCCAACCUCGGCGCGCUCGACCACCCCGCCGCCCACGUCGUCGCGCAACGCGCCGCCCAACAACGCCGGUACAGGUGCUGGAUACCUCGACUUUCUUACCUUGCGGCAGAUGCACGCUCGCCACCUGGCGUUCCUCCGCGAGAGUCUGUUGAUCGCCGAACGCGAGACGGCGGUCCUCGUGCACGACAUCCUCGACACGUGCAAGCGGUUUGCGGGACUCGUGGAGCGGUGGGGCGGGGACGUGCUCCCCGAGCUGCUGGCCGAGGGUGAAGUGGGGGAGAUGGUUGCAGAGCGGGCACGCGUGGUGGAGGAGAUUAGCGAUAACCUACACGACCUCAUUGGCGACUUUUUCCGCAUGCUCCUUGAAAGCCAGUCGCCGGCAGUCAGCGCAGGCGACGCGUCCAACGGGACGCGUACGUCCGUGUCGCGUGCGUCUCUGUCGCGCGCACGCGUCACGCAAAUCAUGCAGGCGUCCCGCUCGCGCGUGGGUGCUGGUCAAGUGGAGCUUGACGGCGACGACCUGAUGGCCCGGCACUUGGAGAUGCUCCUGUUGAGGCUCGACUAUAACGGCGUCCUGACGCAGUGGACCGAGGGCCGCGAGGAAAGGAACGUCCUUCCUCCCAGGGAGCUCCAUUGA